CGAACGAGGGAAAAGCUUUACGUCAUGUAUCAAGACUACCCGCCAGAGAUUGGUGAUUACUGUCACUCCAUGCAAAAACAAUACCCAUAUGGAAAGCAUAGCCUCGUGUACAACUUUCGCUUUUUGGAUUAUUCUAUCUUGCCAGGCUUUCUGAUAGCAUUCAACACGACGCUGACCACUUCAAUAACAACCCACCAUCCGAGGGAAAAUGCUGCGACAUACAGAAUUUGCAAUGGUUGCUUGGAAUACAAACACAAGUUAAUGUUCACUGAUACUUACAAGGAUUGUUUUAUUCUUAUUCAAAACCUGUAUGCCGGUGGAAAAGGAUGCCAGCUACUGCUAAGAGAACAUGUUGUGAACAAGAAGAUUUCAACAGAGUGCGAGCGAGUGUUCAAAAAGAAUUGCAGAGGGAAAAAAUUUAAUCUUUACAAAGACGAAUGCAAUACAUACAGUGCAUUAGGACGCCACAUGGGAAUGGCUGUCAUGGGAGCAGCACAAAGCUCCUUCUUCCUGUGA